AUGAGUACAAGGCUGCAUUCAUCAACCACUUCUACACCAAACAAGAGAUCAAUUUCUGUAAGGAACAAGAUCUCCAACUUUCGCCAAGCCAACAAUGAAUCUUUCUAUGAGGCGCUAGAUCGAUUCAAGGAGUACAUUAGGGACUGCCCUAAUCAUGGUUUCAAUGAGGGAAACCUAUGGAACAUCUUCUAUCGUGGCAUAGACCACAAGUACAAGCUUUCAUUGGACACUGCAAGCAAUGGAAACUUCAUGACCAAGACUGUUGAUGAAGCUAAGGUUCUUAUUGAGAAUCUUGCAGCUAGUGAUUGUAACAACUGUCCUGAUUAUGACCGCUCAAGCCGCACCACUACUAGCUCCCCUGAUUCUUUUCAAAUGACUGAACUCAAGAACAUGAUGGCUCAAGUUCUUAAGGGACAGCUCAAGCAUAUCAAUGCAAUAGAAGGGAUGAGUGAUGCUAAUGAAGACCCAUCAAGAGAAUGCAUGGGAGAUUUCUCUAAUGAAGCCAAUGAAGAAGAUGUGAACUACAUUGGAAACUAUGGGAACAAGGGAUACAAUCCAAGCUAUCGCCCAAACCCCAACAUGUCUUAUAGAAACCCCAAUGUGGAGAAUCCUCAAGACCAAGUGUAUCCUCCAAGGUAUCCACAACAACAAAGACCUCCUUACCAAUCUCAAGGAAGUCAAUUUCAGCCAAGGCAAGGUGGGAGAUUUGAAGGAAUCCUCCAACAGAUCAUGGAUGGCCAGAAGAGAAACACUAAAGAGAUGUAUGAGAAGAUGGACACUUUGUUCAGCAAUCUCAACACCAAGUAUGAUGCUGUUGCCACUCAUGUGAAGAAACUAGAGACUCAAGUCACUCAAACUAUGGAAGCUGUUAAGAGACAGGAAGCUGAAUCCAAGAAGUCCUUUUGCAACUCAGCCGCCAUAGAAGAAAGAUUUGAAGACCAAGUUCCAGAAUGGAUGCUUUCAAAACCUACUGUUGAUUGCAUGAUUUGGCCUGAAGAGAAUUACCCAGAGAGAGAGUCCAAUCGAGCUAGAAAGAGAAGACUCUUCCCAAAGAUUAUCCCCAAGACAGAUAACUCAGGAAAGUUUGUUGUGCCUUGUAUCAUCAAAGGUAACAUUCUUGAGCAAUCUUUGUGUGACACAGGAGCCAAUGUGAACAUCAUGUCUAAGAGGAUAGCUGACAAGAUAGGCCUCACCAAGAUAGAGCCAUCAUCCAUCUCCAUCAACUAUGCUGAUUCAUUCUCACAAACCCCUAUGGCUUUGUGCCUAAUGUGA